AUUCGUUCUCGCUUCCGCUUCAAUUGAUCGCUCAAAAUCUGACGUAAGAACGCUUUUAUUGUCAUCCGUGAAUGUCACGAGAAAUGACUCGAAAAAGUCGCUUGAAUCUGAGCUGAAUCAGAUUUAUGCAAUCGUCGAGUAAAAAAAAAAAAACCGUGAAUGACUUCGUAUUCUCUCGUUGACUGCCGCGAUUUGAGACGACCAAUGAGCGGGAUUUUCCAUGCUCGCGUAGUCGCGACUGCCUCCGCCUGAACGAAUUUCUGUAAUCUGUAGCUGUCGACCGUUCUGGAGCUCACCGGUCAAGACUCGCUCCUUCGUUUGCCGGAUCGACUUCAGAUUAAUUUCCGAUUCGAACGAGAAGAAACAGUGCACGACAAAUUCGAAAAGAUGUCUGACACGGCUGGAAAGGUUAUCAAAUGCAAGGCUGCAGUAGCAUGGAAACAAAAGGAGCCUUUAUCCUUGGAAGAAGUUGAGGUAGCACCGCCCAAGGCACAUGAAGUCCGGAUCAAAGUGGUAGCUGUGGCGCUUUGUCAUACAGAUGCUUAUACUCUGGAUGGGCUGGAUCCAGAAGGAGUAUUCCCGUGUAUACUUGGCCACGAAGGCAGUGGUAUCGUGGAGAGUGUCGGAGAGGGUGUCACCGAAUUUCAACCUGGUGACCAUGUUGUACCACUUUACAUUCCUCAGUGCGGGGAUUGUAAAUUCUGCAAAUCACCGAAAACGAAUUUAUGCAGCAAGAUCCGCGAGACCCAGGGUAAGGGUGUAAUGCCCGAUGGCACGUCCCGUUUUACAUGUAAGGGACAGACAAUCGCGCACUUUAUGGGUUGCUCCGUAUUCUCCGAAUAUACAGUGGUAGCUGACAUUUCUCUCGCAAAGAUUGAUCCUAAAGCACCGAUGGACAAGGUAUGCUUGUUGGGUUGCGGAAUAUCUACAGGCUAUGGCGCAGCUUUGAAUACUGCCAAAGUAGAACCAGGAAGCACCUGUGCUGUAUGGGGUUUGGGAGCUGUUGGCCUCGCAGCAGUCUUCGGUUGCAAGAAAUCUGGCGCAACUCGUAUUAUUGGGGUAGAUACCAAUCCGGCCAAAUUUGAGAAAGCUAAAACUUUUGGAUGCACAGAAUUUGUCAAUCCCAAGGAUUAUGAUAAACCCAUUCAGCAGGUGCUAGUCGAAAUGACUGAUGGUGGAUUAGAUUAUACCUUUGAAUGCGUUGGAAAUGUAAACACUAUGAGAGCUGCAUUGGAGUCCUGUCACAAGGGAUGGGGCACAUCUGUAAUAAUAGGAGUAGCCGCAGCUGGCCAAGAAAUCAGUACUAGACCAUUCCAAUUGGUCACAGGACGAGUGUGGAAAGGGACCGCGUUUGGCGGAUGGAAAUCAAAGCAAAGUGUGCCGAAAUUGGUGGAGCAGUAUCUGUCAAAGGAAUUGAUCCUCGACGAAUUUAUUACGCACAAUCUUCCGUUUGAAAAAAUCAACGAAGGCUUCGAUAUAUUGCACUCAGGAAACUGUUUGAGAGCCGUCCUUAAAUACUGAAGACAUUGUCUUUUAUAUUAUACUGCAAAGAUACGGCCUACUGAGAACCAGCGUCUUCCACAAUUAAAAAAAAAGAGCGUAAUACGUGUGCACAUCUGAACAUAUCACAGAUUUCUAAAAAAUAUUCCAGAUCGCUCUAAAAAAUAAAGUGAAGCCAAGUAACUCAGAAAAAGAAGUAGCGAUCAUAUUUAUCUAGUAAUGAGAUUACAUUCAAAAACGUCAAAAGUUUAAUCUAUAUUAAUAAAUGCUCAUUAACACUACUUCAUGAAGCAAUGUAUGUGAUUACCAGAUUAAAUAUGACGUCCCGGCUUCAACUCAACUCUGACUAUAUAGGUCAAAGGUACGAACAUAUAGUAUUUUGGCUGCGUUCGCUUUGGCGUUCACAGUGUCACUUCAUUCUUGUUGUUUAUCAAAUGUUAAACAUUAAGGAUGAAUAGUGCUUAUAAGCGUAAG